UACGUAGGUCACUUUGCGUCUUCUUUGUACCAGGCGUCAGGUGUUGUUAGUAAGCUCACAAUGUUUUAUUCAAGAUUACUAGCGUUUAAGUCGGUUCCUUACCUUGUUAAAUCAAAGAUUUUACACGCGGGGUUUCACACAAGUGCCAGUUGCAGUGGUGCAAAAGUUGCAGUUGUGCUGUCUGGGUGUGGAGUGUAUGAUGGAACAGAAAUCCAUGAAGCUUCCGCGAUCUUGGUGCACCUGAGCAGGGGUGGGGCAGAGGUCCAGAUGUACGCUCCUGACAUUACUCAGAUGCAUGUCAUUGACCAUGGGAAGGGGGUGCCGAUGGAGGACACGACCCGGAACGUCCUGGCUGAGUCCGCGCGCAUCGCUAGGGGCAAAGUCACGGAUUUGGCCGAACUGAGUGUCGGCGACCACGACGCGAUCAUCUUCCCGGGAGGCUUUGGGGCCGCCAAAAACCUGUCGACGUUUGCUGUGGACGGUCCGGACUGCAAAGUCAACAAGGACGUGGAGCGUGUCGUGAAGGACUUUCAUAAGGCCGGAAAACCUAUCGGGUUAUGUUGUAUCUCCCCCGUUCUGGCGGCCAAGCUGAUCCCCGGGGUGGAGGUCACGGUGGGGAAGGAGGAAGAGGAGGGGGGAAAGUGGCCCUACGCCGGUACUGCUGCUGCUAUCAAGGGUCUGGGAGCCAAGCACGUUGUCAAGGAGGUCACCGAGGCCCAUGUGGACCAGAAGAACAGGGUGGUGACAUCGCCGGCCUUCAUGUGUGAGACCCAGCUGCACCUGAUCUUCGAUGGCAUCGGGGCCAUGGUUGCCGACGUCCUCAAACUCAGCGGGAAAUGAGACGGAGAGUCCCCGUUACAACCUGGUGUCGCACGAAAUGGGAAGUUAGAGUUAUUGACAAACCGUUUGUCAAGAUUUAGGUUUUAUUGAAUGUGCCAGUAUUCAGUAGGAGUAAUUCGAUUGUAUGUUUUUGGUAAACAUCUACUGAAUAUCAGUAUAUGAAUGACAACAACCGGCUCUAAUCCUGAUAUCAUCAGGUACCUUUCCUCUCCCACAGAAUUCUUGUCUAAAUUUAGAGAAUCGUUACAAUUUCCUGUGUUGUCCAGCAGAGGGUGAUAACGAGGGCGGUGAGGAGUAAUUGCACCUAAUGAAAAAAGUAUUGAGAUUGCACUUUGUGUAGCCAUGGAUAUAAUUGUUGUUUUAUUUAUUCACACCCCCUUCACCUUUACUGUUUGUUUCUGGAAUCACAAAUUAAACACUGGUUCUCAUUAUGA